AUGCCUCGCCCAAAAGUACGCGACGAAGAUCGUAGACGCGCAACAAAAGCCUGCGUACCCUGCCAAAAUAGCAAGAAAAGAUGUGAUGCUCAAUCACCCUGCGCUAAUUGCCGACGGAGAAAUUGCAUCCCAUAUUGUAUUUACGAUCCCGAGGUUGCUCGUCUCCGUCGCCAGGGUAUCAAAGCACAUCGUCGAGCAGCAGAACGGACAAGAGACACAGUCUCCUCAGGCGGCAGCGAUGGACAUUACAAUGAAAAUUGCAUAAUCGGCCAUGACGUAGCAUCGCCAAUUGGUAGCAAUGCUUUGCACGCUCAAGCUCAUGCACCGCAAACUCCAGAAUCUACCCAAGAACCUCAGUCAGAUACAACACCUGAGACCACAUUCUCAUCAUGCAUGUCAAACAUUGGCAAUCAAGAGCAUAGCCCAGAAGGCGAGAAAGUGUCGAUGGGUGAUUCCCCGUCUCUUUCGUUCCUCGACUUCCUACGUCAUAUAUUCCAUCAUUACAUGGGCCCAACCCCAUUUACCGACAAAGAACGAGCAAAAGCCAUGCUUGAGCCAGUGUAUCCUCGAUCUCCUGACAACAACGAUACCGCCAGCGAGCUCACUCUAGAAGAGAAACAAGACUAUGUGCAGAGAUUCUUAAUCGCGACGACUGGCAUUAUAUACAUCUACUCACCUGAACAAUUGUUAGAGAUGCUGCAAGACAUAGAAGAAGGCACGGGACAAAACUCGGAUACCUCUGGGCCAUCCCCAUACCGUCAAAAGAGCGCAAUUAUAGAUUUGGCUAUUGCGAUCGGAGGACAAGGCUGUAGGGCCACACCAAAGAGUCUGUACUAUGCACAGAAACACUUUGAUCACGGUCAAAAGCUGGCGUUUGAAGAGAUGCUGCUAGAUCCUACAACCGACCUAGUAGCAGUUUUCAUGAUGAUAACUGUUUACUUGAUGAAUGCAUGUAAAAGGAAGGGCGCAUUUAUAUAUCUUGGCGUCGCGACUCGUCUGGCACAUGCCAUCGGCCUACAUCUACCAGAGUCUUACAACCAUCUGGCCCCGAAAACGCAUAGAUUCAGACUUCAGGUAUGGAAAAGCCUGCGAAUAUUGGAAGUAGCAGUUGGAUCAGUGCUUGGCCAACUCCCAGCCUCAUCUUCAGGACAUGCAUCUGUAGCACCCUCAAUCUCCAUUCCGGAUGGCUCAGAACCAUGGUCUCCAGAAUUCACAUCCAUGUCGUCGACCUACGGAGUCUGUAUGAUCCUGGAGGAAAUUAUACACCACCUCGGCAGCAAACAGGACAAUGGCGUCGAAUCAAUACGAGAUCUCCUAAGUCGACUCCGGGAUUGGAGUUCAGCACUGCCAUCAAGCAUGAGGAAAUGCACCGUCAGCUCUCCGAUAUCGUUGGUGCAAAGACGCCAAGUACUAGGCAACUUUGCUGUCUCGGGAUUCUAUUAUUACAGUGUUAUGCUGGCAACCAGACCAUUAUUAAUCACAUAUAUGCUCAUGAAACUAGAACGUCUGGGUCCAGUGGAUAAUAUUUCAUCAUGUCCACCAUGCCACACGAACGAACGGGAAACAAGAGAGUUGGCGCAGGUUUGUAUAGAUGCGGCUAUUCUGCUGGUAGAGACGACAAGGAGAACACAAUCUGUUGGUCUUUUGAUACAGAACAUGCAAUUGCUGAAAGCUUGGAUUUUCAGCGCUUGUCUAAUCAUGGGUCUUUCCAUCUUCGUAGAGUUGACCUUCACAGAAACGUAUUCAACAUGUGAGACAGGGCUAUCACUACAAAACGGAAUCGGUAUCAUUCGGGAUUUAGAUCGAACAAGUCCCCAAGCGCACCGUUAUCUGGAGGUCCUUACAGAGCUUCGCAAUGCACUGCAGACCUACCGCGAGCGACUAGUUCCACCCCGAAGAGAAGGUAGCGGACAGUUCUUGAGUCAGAUCUUUGUCGUGAGCCAAGAGAAAAGUCCGCCCGCAGAGUCUUCAGACUCGGAGAUGACGCCAUUUCCUUCUAUAGCUACUUCACCGCUUGAGUCAGGUAACGAUACAUCUGGCGGAAUGUGGAUGUUGCAACAGACAGCGCAGGCUACUCAGAAUAUGGGGAAUAUGUGGCGCGUACCAGAUACAAGUCAGAUAUUUGCUCAUCACCUGUCAUCUGCGGGUGGAAGUGAAGCGUUGCCUUUUACACUAGGGGGCUCGGAUGUAAACUGGAAUGGGAUAUCGGUGCAGGGAACUGAUAACUUUCUAUUCGAGAUGGAGCCGUUUGCAGACAUGUUGAGCCAUUUCUACAAUGUUACUCCAUGA